CGACAUUACUACAAAUUUGGGGGGAUAAAAACUUCUUCUGGUGCUGCAUAAGAAAAAUCCCUAAUGAAGAAGCGAUCUAAGGACCGUGCUGAGACCAUUCCCCUGUCCUCUCCCACAGGCAGCGGCGGCGUUCAGGUGGACCAUGAUUUCCAAAAAGUGGCUUUCAAAUCUUUCGCUGGAAACGGCCACGCUGCAGACCACAAGCCCUCCGAAAGUCCCAACGCAAAACUCAAAGACCAACAUUUACAAGACGACAACUACAAGAACUCGCCAUGGGUUUUGGAGACGUCGAGUCAGGCAGAGGACAACUCCACAGACCCGCCCGAGACUAUGACAGAGACGUCUACACUAACUUUUGUGGAUGCUCAGAUUUUAGAGGAGAAUGUCCCAUGCGCUGGCGGAGUUUAUUUCAAGGAGUUUGUUCUGAUUGAUGAUGAGGAUGAUGGGGACAUGUCGCUGAGAGAGAAGACGGUGACAGAUAUCUCGGUGAUGGACGGCAGGGCAGCUGAGCUCGUGUGCGGUCGAAUAGUGUCCACCUCCAGCGGGUCCUUGACAGAGUCCAAAGAGGAAAUGCCAGUCUCUCCUGAAACGCCACCUGCUGAACAAACACAGAUAAUACACGCAAGGAGCCACUGCUGUCACUGUGCAAUAUUAUGAC